UUUUUUUUUUUAUGGAUUGAUUUGAUAGUUCAUCUGGAGCUUUACAAAUAUCAAGAGGAAUAAAACGAAGCCAUCUUUAUGAGUCUGCUUUAUCACUAGUUGAACCAAUUGGUAAAACAAGAGUGAGUGUUGGGCAUGUUUCUUCACCUGAACCUCAGGCCCUGGGACAGAGGAGAUCUUAUGAGGAGGCUUGCCACUUUUAAGUCAAUGACCUGGUUCGCUAAGCCCAAGGUUCGUUUACUUUCAAUUUCUCUUCUUGCAGCUGACUUUGUGCAUACGUAUGGAUGGGUUUUUUGAGGAAUGUGUUCAUCUCCAGAUGAUUUAACCAUUCCAAUACGUGGAAUCCAAUCUCCAAAGCAACUUUUUGUUGAACGAUGGGGCUUCCUCUUCGGUGUAUUUUAUAUUCCUCCCUCACUCAGUUCUGCACAAAAACUCGUCAGUUUAUGUGGCUGGGAACCACGUGCACUGCCUUACGUUGUUGACUGCAAGGACAGAUCUACACAGCUUGUUAAGGAUUCGGAUGUCAGGGUUCAUACCAUAUGGUCAUUAAUGGGCAGAAUCCAAGUAUCCGAUUCCAUUAUGUUGCUUCUGAGCAAAGUGUGGAGGCAAAUGAAGAAUCUGGCUCUUGUAGUGGGCGAUGCUGAUCCUAAUGCUGUUGUUUUAGAUUGCAAGCUCUGUGGGGCAAGUGUGGGGUUACGGACUUUUUCUAUGGUUCCACAGCCAUUAGAGUUGUUUAGAAUGGUCGGAUAUACUGAAGUCAUAGUGACAGUAAUUCAGGACAAGAUUCAGCUAACGAAAAUCAUUCGGGCAGCAGGGGAGUCAUUGGAGACUCUGCCUCAAAUGGUGCUUUGUCUUCCAUGCAUACCAUCAGAUUCAAGUGUGACGAUUGUUGGGGGUCCACUCCCCACAAAACAGAACUUCAAAGCAACAAUCUCAUUGCUUGUUAUUGGCCUGAAUUUAAGGGCCAGGCUUUCUUAUGAUUCUGAUUUUAGGGAUCGUAUAUGUGAUAACCAAGAAAUUACUCGAUCUGGAUCUGAAAACAAUAAUCUAACUUCAGAAGAAAGGGAAUCUGCAGAACAGAAUUUUGGUGAAGUCAGCAUGAAGCUGUGGCUCCUCAGAGAUGAUCAUUUCAUAUAUCAAUAUCAUGAUGGACAACAAAUUCCAGGAGCAGAUAUCUCAGGCAGUAAAAAUGUUGCCUGUCAGAUAGAUAGGAGGAAAAGUCAAACUUGUUCUGAUAUCCAAAACACUAGAGAUGCUCAAGAAAAAGGCGAAGGCACCACAGGUGGAGUGCAGGUUCGAGUGAACAGUGAAGUUGUGGCCUACAGUACAGAAAAGGAUCCUAAGCAACUGGCAUUAGACAAAACAUUGGGAUUUAAUCCAAUCAGACAGCGUAGACAUUUUGGCACCUGGAUUGUAUCAACAAGCAGCAGGGCACCUGGUUGGCAACAAACAACUGCUUUACAGCGUCAGAAAGAGUUUUCUCCUCCUGCUGCAAAUUCUCCUCCAUCUUCCUUCCUGAUGAAGGUGGAUGAUCCCUUUGCUUCAGUAGGAAAGCUUUUCAUGUCUCCUAUAAAAAGAACGAAGCCUACUAGUGGAUCAAGCUGAAGCAGCAGGUUCAGCUGAUCAGUUUUGCAGGGUGUGGAAGUGCUUUCAGAGAUAUAAUGAGAUUGUUGUGAGGAAUAGCAAUAGAGUUUUUUUCUCACAAAAUUUGUGAUCCCAUCAUUUAAAAAAUAAAUCAACAGAAAAAGGGAUGCAACUAACAUUUGGUGUUACUCCAAGCCGCAAUUAGUGACCACCACUUUAGAAUACGGUCGGUUAAAGCCUCUUUCUGCAACCACAGCUCUCUUGUCCCCUAUCAGCUUUGCAACUCUG